AUGGCAGACGGACACGGCCAGGGUCUAAAGCGGCCGGGGCCGACGGCAGACGGUGGCCAGCUGCCCGAGCAGGCAAACAAAAAAAUCAGACACGCUGGCGACAGCUCGCUGGCGACGCACGAAGCCCCUCGCGCCCUGGAGAUUCCGCAGGCCAUUGCCAUUGCCCGGGACAUGGGCGAGCGGCCAUUCGACGUGGGCGUGGCGCUGGGGACGAUGCUGUCGUACAUUUUCCCGCUCGUGGCGACGCAUCUGGAGCACGCGGCCGACUUUCAGAACAGCGUUCCAGAAGCGCUGGUGUGGGCCACGGGCUUUGUCGAGGCGGUUGAUGGCUACACUGCGUACCUGCGCCGGACUGACGUGUGCGCUGACGAGUCGCCCAGCAACGUAGCGAUUGACUGCCAAGGGCGGCCGUCGCUGCGAAAGUACAUGGAGCGCUACGCCCACGUGGUCGCAACGGCCUACAAGGACUGCGUCCGCCGUCAGCUGUGCCAAGUGUUCCAGUCGUGGAGCCGGGCGCAGACGCAGCUCUUCAACAAGGGCGUCGACAAGGCCGUGUCGGGCGCGCAGUGGGUCGUGUAUCCACGGGCCAAUGUGGUGCUGCAGGCGGGCGACAACGACUGGGCCAUCUGGCUGCGGGGGCUGUGCGAAGAGCUGGGCAUCAUGGAGGCGCGGGCGGGCAGGCGGGUGCGCGAAGACAUGUAA